AUGGCCAAUAAUAGCACAUUUCUUAGUCUGCUUCUUGUUCGUCUCGUUUUUCUUGUAAUGUUGUUUUUAGGGUCAUCGUCAUUUUUGGUGAACAAUAUGACUAAACACACCUCUGCCAAGUGCAUUGAGAUAGAGAGGAAAGCACUCGUCAACUUCAAACACGGUCUCAAAGAUCACGCGGGUAGCCUUUCUUCUUGGAAGGGCGAAGAUUGCUGUCAAUGGAGGGGCGUCGGAUGCAACAACAUAACCGGACAUGUCGUCAAGCUCGAUCUCCGAGGCAAGGCUUUUGAUCCAAAUCAGGAGGAUGAUGUACAGAAGACAUUUGAAUUACAUUACCGAAGGUCGCGUUUGGGAGGUAAGUUAAGUUCUUCUUUGCUUAAGUUGAAAUAUUUGAAUUAUUUGGACCUGAGCUCCAAUGAUUUUGGAGGAAUUCGAAUUCCUAAAUUCUUGAGUAUGUUUGAGAACUUGAGAUAUCUCAAUCUCUCUUCUUCCUUGUUUGGCGGUGAGAUUCCACCUCAUCUUGGAAAUCUAUCCAGCCUGAAUUAUCUUGAUCUCGGGGUGUACGGCUACCUACACACUUCAAAUUUGAAAUGGCUCUCAGGUCUCUCUUCUUUGAAAUACCUUAACAUGCAAAGCUCGGAAAUCAGUGACACUAAUUGGCUGCAAUUAGUUAAUAUGCUUCCUAACCUCAUGGAGUUACACUUGCCUUGGUGUGGUCUACCGAGCCUUCCACUCUCACUCCCGUUUGUUAACUUAACUUUGCUUUCGGUUCUUGACAUUUCUGGUAAUGGGUUUAACUCCUCAAUGCCAAAUUGGUUGUCCAAUCUCACGAGCCUCACCAAACUUGAUCUUAGCUAUAAUAAUUAUUUUAGUGGUGUCAUUUCAAGUGAAUUCGUGAAGUUGACGUCUUUGGAAGACCUUGAUUUGUCUUAUAAUAGUUUUGAAGGUCAAGUACCAAUAUUUUUUGGGAAUCUUUGCAAGCUUAAAACUUUACACCUUCAAGUAAACAAUUUCAACGGUGAGGUGGUUGAGUUUUUUGGUGCAUUCUCGGGCUGUCCAACCAGUAGCUUAAUGUCACUAAGUCUAGCAGACAACUCUUUUGAAGGGGAACUGCCCGAUUCAAUAGGAAUACUCAACAAUCUUCAACGAUUGUAUCUCUCGGGAAACUCUUUCUGGGGUUCAAUUCCAAAAUCGAUUGGAAAUUUGUCAUCCUUGCAAGAGUUUGGUCUCUCUUCCAAUCAAAUGAAUGGAACCAUUUCUGAAAGUUUUGGACAGCUCUCAAUACUCAGAUCCUUAUUUCUCGAAAGCAAUUCAUGGGAAGGAGUCGUCACAGAGACCCAGUUGAUGAAUCUCACAAGAUUACAAGAUUUUACAAUAUCAACAGAAAAAUUCGGAUCCUUGAUUUUCAAUGUGACAUACGACUGGGUACCUCCUUUCAGGCUCAAAUUUCUUGCAAUAAAAAACUGCCUGGUGGGUCCUAGAUUUCCGGUAUGGCUUCAAGUUCAAAAUGAAGUCACUGAUGUGACCCUUAAGAAUGUUGGAAUUGCAGAUACCAUUGCCGAGGAAUGGUUUUCCAUGUUGUCUUCUCAAGUUGUCUAUUUGGAUCUGUCUAACAACCAAAUAAAAGGGAAGCUACCAAUCCAUUUAGAAUAUCCAGAAUUAUAUUGUAUUUACUUGAAUAAUAACAGUUUUGAGGGUUCGCUGCCACUUUGGUCCACGAAUGCGUCCAUUUUUUAUCUUCAUAGCAACUUAUUUUCGGGGCCAAUUCCAUCGAAUAUUGAUAAAUUGAUGCCGAAGGUAAAUUAUUUCUAUCUAUUUGAGAAUCGUCUAAAUGGUACCAUUCCAUCAUCGAUCUGUACACUGGAGAGUUUAAUAGAUCUUGCCUUGGGGACCAAUCAAUUAUUCGGAGAGCUCCCUCAUUGUUGGAACGAAUUGCAAAUGUUAAGUUUUUUGGAUGUAGCGAACAAUAGUCUUUCAGGUAAUAUUCCAAGUUCAAUUGGUUCUCUAAGUUCUCUUGAAACAUUAUUGUUGAGUAGCAAUAAUCUAAGUGGACAAAUUCCUCAAUCCUUGCAAAAUUGUUCAAUGAUUUGUAUCAUUGACCUUGGGGGAAACAGAUUAAAUGGAAAACUACCUUUGUGGAUUAGAUAUAAUACAACUCCAUUUCUUGAGUUGUUACGCCUACGAUCUAACUCAUUCAGAGGAAGCAUUCCUCAACAAUGGUGCAAUCUUAAAAGCCUUCACAUCCUAGAUCUUGCACACAACAAUCUUUCGGGGGUCAUUCCCACUUGUUUCGGAAAUUUAUCAUUAUUGGCUACAAAUAAUUCAUUUGCAAUUGGAGUGGAGCAAAUAAGUUUGGUGGCAAAAGGAAGAGAGCUGAGAUAUGGCCGGACUCUACAAUAUGUCAACAGCAUUGAUCUUUCAGCAAAUAUCCUAGUUGGUAAAUUCCCUGAAGAGAUAACAAACCUAGUUGCACUUGGUACCUUAAAUUUUUCAAUGAAUCGUCUGUCUGGACGCAUACCAGAGAACGUUGGAAAUUUGCGAUUUUUGGAAACCUUAGAUCUUUCAAAUAACAAUCUCUCAGGACCAAUUCCUCAAAGUUUAUCUUCACUGACACUUUUGGCCCACUUGAAUCUGUCUCACAACAACUUGGUAGGAAAAAUUCCAACUGGCAAUCAGCUCCAAACACUCGAUGAUUCGUCAAUUUAUGAAGGUAACCCGUUACUGUGUGGGCUUCCUCUUCCAACCAAGUGCCUAGGCGAUGUUACAUCUAACGUGCCUCCUCUCAAUGGAGGUGAUCUGAAUGAUCGUGACAACGGAAAUGAUCUUGACAUGGCAUGGUUCUAUUAUAGCAUGGGACCGGGAUUUGUUGUCGGAUUUUGGGUUGUUUUGGGUACUUUGUUGAUAAAGAAGACAUGGAGGCAUGCCUUGUUUCAAUUCGUGGAGAACAUGACCGAAAGGAUAGCCCUUAUGAUUGCAUUGAGAAGGGUUCGUUUGUAA